AUGCCUUCUACUACUGGUGUAUGCAUUGAUGAUUGCAAAGCACAAUUGGCAUCUAAUAUCGUCAAAUUGUCAACGAAGGACUCUCUCGAUGUUGUUGAAACUUUAUCAACUUUAGAAUGUCCGGGUCUUAUUGGCAUGAUUGAGCAAUACGGCAAUUUAUCUUGUGAAAAAACAUCUUUUCUUCAGGCACUGAUAACAACCAUUUCUGCUAUUUCUGGUUCUAUAAUGGUAGAAAAUCCAUCAAGCACCUAUUCACUCCCGUUGAAUUUGUUUACCCAUCUGAUCGGCGAGCCAGGUUCGAUAAAGUUUGUUGUUGUUAAUUCUAGAAAAUUUUCAGCAAUGUUGCAUUAA